GAUCACUUUGAACACAGUUGGCUUGAACCUGUUUUGCAAAAUUUGGGAACUAAGAAUCCCCACUUUCUAACCAAUAGUUUGCUAUAGGAAAGGGUUAAAAAGGCGGUAACGCCUCCUCCGUGUCUCAUGUGUUGUAUAUGUGAGGCUAGUUGGACCCAAACCUUCAUUUCUCUAUUUUCACUGCAUGGGGCAGCAGUUCAUAGCUGGCUUUCAGGACUUCCCCCAAAGAACAUGUGUGGCAACCUUCUCGGGCUCGCCUGCUCCUGUCUGAGCUUCGUCCUGAAUAUCGUGGCCCUCAUUGGCACCUAUUGGCUGAAUGAUGAUGGGCCAGACCUCCUCCAUGAAGGCAUUUGGCAACGAUGUAGCAAUAACACAUGCCUUAAAAUCAAUGGGAAAGGGUACGUUGAUGCCACCCGCACCUUUAUCCUCUUGUCCAGCAUUGUGCUCCAGUUUGGGCUGGUGACUUCCUGCCUUACGUUUUACAGCUGUCACAUGGGACGUUUCACAGCCUCCUUUGUAGCUUGUAUUCUGGACAGCAUAUCGGGGUUCUUCCUUUUUAUUGCAUUGGUGGUGUACACAUGGGAAGAACAUCUUGACCGCCAGAACAUCCCAAACAUUUCCUACCGCUAUGGUUGGGCCUACUUCCUCUGCUGGCUCUCGGUUGGGUUCUUGUGUAUCGCAGCAAUUUCGCACUACCAGGCGCACAGAUCAAUACCACAGACGAGCUAUGAACCUAUGCAAGAAGGGGAAGAAGGCGACAACGUUGACGUCCAGAGCUAACCGGGGGAAAAUUUCCAUUUUCAGCAUCUACAAUGUUUGAAGGGAGAAGGAUGUUUGUCGCCUCCUACUGCCCACUUUGUAGAACAACAAAUGGUCUCUUAUCUAGUAUAAAUUAUUAGGGUAUCUAAACCCCCCCCCCCCCC